AUGAGCCUUAUAAAUCAUAAAAAGGCUUACAAAAACAAUUAUAAUAUUGAAAGUGAAACUGGUACAAGUAUAGACACUUACAGUUCUGACAAUAGUGACCUGAUAUCCAAUAAUCAAGCUGAUAAUGAGUCUAGUCCAGCAUUUGAUAUUCAAAGCACUUCUAGUAAAUUGAAUCUAACAUUCAAUAAUCAAAACAUGGACAAUAAUGAAUCUAGUUCAACUUCUGGUAAAUCAAAUCUAGUAUUCAAUAACCAGAAAAUAAUAGAUGAAUUUGAUUCAAUAUUUGAUAACCAAGAGAUUUCUAAUCAAAUUCUCACUUAUGAGUUUGCUGAAAUAUUUGAAAGAACUAUAUUAGAAAAUAAAAAUAAUAUAUUUAUUGAUAAAAUUUAUGAAUCUUAG